GGAUCUUUGUGAGUUCUUCUUCGGCAGGAUGGCAGCAGGAAGCGCGUGGAGGUCACUGGCAUUGCUGGAAGCUGGGGUACCAUAAUGGGCAGAGGAGCAGGUGGAGCAGGCUGAAUAAACACAAAUUGCUGUGGAGGUGCCUGAUGUUGUGGCCUCCCUUUCAGCUGGGCCUGGCCAGCAGUGUUCGGUGGCAGAACAAAACGGUGACCCCGGUGAUGGGAGCGGCAGCAAGAUCUGCGCUGUUGUCCACAUCCUUCUCCAGAGGGAUGCAGACUGUCACUCUGAUUCCUGGUGAUGGAAUUGGUCCAGAGAUCUCCACGGCGGUUAUGAAAAUAUUUGAUGCAGCUAAUGCUCCAAUCAGAUGGGAGGAGCGGAGCGUGACGGCCAUCAAAGGUCCGGGUGGUCGCUGGAUGAUUCCUCCUGAUGCCAAAGAGUCCAUGGACCGGAGCAAGAUGGGCCUCAAAGGACCCCUGAAGACGCCCAUCGCCGCCGGACACCCGUCCAUGAACCUGCUGCUCAGGAAGACCUUCGACCUGUACGCCAAUGUGCGACCCUGCGUCUCUAUUGAGGGCUACAAGACGCCAUACACCGACGUCGACCUUGUCACCAUCCGGGAGAACACGGAGGGCGAGUACAGCGGCAUCGAGCACGUGAUUGUUGAUGGCGUGGUUCAGAGCAUCAAGCUGAUCACGGAGAAUGCUAGCCGACGCAUCGCAGAGUACGCCUUUGAGUAUGCCAGGAACAACCAGAGAAGCAGCGUGACGGCUGUCCACAAAGCCAACAUCAUGAGAAUGUCAGACGGUCUGUUCCUGAGGAAAUGUCGGGAAGUAGCUGAGAACUUCAAAGACAUCAAGUUCACUGAGAUGUACCUGGACACGGUCUGCCUCAAUAUGGUUCAGGAUCCAACCCAGUUUGACAUCCUGGUCAUGCCCAACCUGUACGGAGACAUCCUCAGUGACCUGUGUGCCGGUCUGAUCGGUGGACUCGGAGUCACUCCCAGCGGGAACAUUGGAGCCAAUGGAGUCGCCAUCUUUGAAUCGGUGCACGGUACCGCUCCCGACAUCGCAGGUUUGGACCUGGCCAACCCAACCGCGCUGCUGCUGAGCGGCAUCAUGAUGUUGCGUCACAUGGGUCUCCAUGACUAUGCCAACAAGAUCCAGACGGCCUGCUUUGAUACCAUCAGAGACAAGAAGGUUCUAACGAAGGAUCUGGGAGGAUCCUCCAAAUGUUCCGAGUUUACAGCUGAGAUCUGCCGUCGGAUCCAGGACCUGGACUGAGACUGCCAGGACUGAUGGGUGGAGUCUGUCUCCCCCGGACUGGACUGGAUCAGACUAGACCAGGGCUACUCAAUUUGGUCCUAUCAGGGCUGCAAUCCAGCGUAUGUAUUUCUGCUUCAACACACCUGAAUCAAAGUCAAUGGAUCCAACAGCCAAUCACAAUGAUUCAUUAAUUAGAAUCAGGUGUGUUGGAGCAGGAAUACAUGGAAAACCUGCUGGAUUCCUGCCCUCGUAGGACCAAGUUAAGUAGCCCUGAUGUAGACCAUCCUGCUACUGGAGGGGGCAGGGCUUCUGCAGCUUUCUGUGUCUUAAUCAUUCACAGCAAACAUGACAUGUUCCACCAAUGAGAGCAGAGUAGGUUCUAACGUAGACCAGAACCUGACGAACAUUACCAGCUGGUUCCAUUGGUGCAUAUUUAGUAUUUUUUUAUUGGGUCAUGUAAACCUAGCUCAGACUUAUUUAUUGUUUCUACUUCCUGUUCCUGCCGUCUUCACUGCCAGCUGAAUACAGAACUUUUCAGAGCCAA